AUGCAAGUAAAACACUACAGAUUAAUUUCUGAACUUUAUUCUCCUCAGAAUAAAUCUUCAUCAUCUGAAAACAUCUUUCGAGUAACCAAAAUAAGUAGCUCAUAACCAAAAUUAUCAUCUCUAUUUCCUUCAAGAGCCACACUCAGCACAGGUCAAUCUUUCACUACAAAUGAAUCAGCUAUGAAAAUCUCUGCUAUUAUACCUAAAACACAUGAUGAAAGACCUUAUAGCAGAGUUACAACAGGAUUUCAGAAAAAUAGAACAUAUUUAGAUUGUAAAAGAUUGACAUCAUAAACUAAAUAUAUGUAAACACUUGAUGAUUGGGAAAUGAACACAAUUGAAGAGAUUCAAAUGAGAAGAACUUCUAAUAAACAAACAAUUAAUUGUAAAUAAUUAUGUGAUAACAAUAUUGUAAAUAAAAUGCAUUUUACAUCAUAAAAAAAAGUCAAAAAAAAUAGUAUGUCAAAAGUUAUUAUAAUCAAUCAUUAAGGCAAACCUAAAAUAUAUUAUUAUAUGCAAUGA